AUGUCGCUGUCGCCCAAACACAGGAAAAACAAAGAUGCUAUGUCCUUACCUACAGGUUUAGUGCCUCUUUACAAAUGCCAAAAAAUUGCCAAAGGCCCUAAUUUUUAUCAUCUUCAGUGUCUUUGUAAACUGAAAAUCUUCGGCGUGAAGGCGCCCUUGGAGAAACCCCUGGACACUCCGGCGCCCAACGCCUACAACCCGGACAAACCGACACACACACCAAACUUCUCGUUCGGUCUGAAAACACCUUUGGAGAAACCCAGCGACACUCCAGCCCCCUGCGCGUACAACCCUGACCUGCCGGAGACGGUGACAGCUUACAGCUUUGGCCUCAAGACGCCCCUGGAAAAGCCGGCAGACACUCCAGCGCCAAACGCUUACAAUCCCGACAAACUCACGCACUGCUGCCUAAACUACUCGUUCGGCUUGAAAACGCCGAUCGAAAAGCCGAGCAACUAUCCAGCGCCCAACGCGUACAACCCCGACGUGCACGACCACGCCCCGGAGUACACCUUCGGACUGCGCACCCAGAUCGAGAGGCCCAACGGCAUCCCCGCCCCCAACGUGUACAACAUCCCGUCCGUGCUGGGCAAGACGCUGGAGGGCAACAAGAAGGCCGCGCCCGCCUUCAGCAUCUCGGGGCGGCAGAAGGAGCCGCAGGACGAGCGCGCGCUCGUGCCCGGGCCCGGCGCCUACGAGCCCUCCGUGGCCGACUGCUACAACAACCACAACCGCUCGCCCGCCUACUCCAUCAGCUCACGCUUCACCGUGCCUUCCGACGCCACCCUCAAGCCCGGGCCCGGUGCCCACUGCCCGGAGAAGGUACAACUGGAUGUUCCUCCGGCUCACACCUUUGGAAUCAAGCACUCCCAAUACCUUGGCUACCUAAAGGUCUUUGUUCAAUAAUUUUUAGAUUUAUUUUCUGUGUGUUUGAGAUCUACUAACGCGUUACUCCUCACGCUUCCCGUCUUGACCAAUGAUGUUAAUUUUAAAUAUAGCAGUUUGUCUUACUGAAACAAAAUAUGUGAUACUAUACAAAGUGUGAUAAACUGAGCAGAAUUGUCUGGAAUCCAAUUCCCUAGUUUGCUCUGAGUUUAUUCACAUCAACUUUUAUUUAUUAUCAUUCCACAUGUUGUUUAAUUUAUUGUCAUUGAAUGAGCUUAAUUCCUUCAUGAUCUGGGAAAUGGGAAUUGGAUUGCUUGCAAUUAAUCAGGCAAUAUAGUAAUUCAACAGUCCUAAUUUAAGUCCAUACUUGUUUAGCUGCCAUUAUAAACAAGUAUGCAUGAAUGUGAUGAGAAAUUCCCAAUUGACCUAUUUUGUUCAUUACUUGCUUUUAUAAUUGGUUCAUGCAACCUAUCAGCAUUUUUAUUUUUUCUUAACUAACAUAAAGUUACUUAGACUAGAGGAAAGAAGAUAGCAUCCUUGUUUGUUUGAAAUUUGAAAAGAUCUCAGAAAGAAAAAAAUAUACACCAUGAUUAGAGCUGCAUUCACUGCACAAAACUGUAUUCGCAAUUUUUUGAAGUAAAGUAAAGUUUUCUUA